AGUGUCACACGAACAACCAAUAGUAACCCCUCGUAGUUCAGGUUUGUCCAAUCAGGUACCGUGUGGGCGGGACAUCGUCCUGCAAAACGAUCAACUCUAAAUUCAACCGAUUUGAAUGUGUCGUAUAUCAAGUCGGCGCUGUUUGAUAGUCGUUGACGGAAAACGCUUACCGGACACAGUUUGAGGUCAUAGAAGUUGUCCGUCUGUGUUAAAAGGCAUCUGCGUCCACCAAGCUCGUUAGCGACAGCGAUAAAGUCAGCAGAUGGUAGUAGUCGGGAAAGUUAGCUAAGCUAACCACCUAGCCUGAAGCAUGCCGAAUUUUUGCGCGGCCCCAAACUGUACACGGAAGAGCACACAGUCAGAUUUGGCUUUUUUUCGGUUUCCACGGGACCCAGAGAGAUGCAGAAUCUGGGUAGAGAACUGCCGCAGGGCAGAUCUAGAGGCCAAAACAGCAGACCAGUUGAACAAGCACUACAGAUUAUGUGCCAAACACUUUGACCCAGCUAUGGUGUGCAAAACAAGUCCCUAUAGGACUGUAUUGAAGGAUACAGCUAUUCCAACUAUAUUUGACCUGACGAGCCAUCUGAAAAAUCCUCAUACGAGACAUCGCAAGAGGAUUAAAGAACUGACUGAAGAAGACUUAAAGAAGAUUAAAGAAAGGAGAUUGGCUUCCUCUAUUGAGCAGCUUAACUGCAAAAAAGACGCAGCGGCUGAGGACAGCACAAGCACCAAUGACGAUGAACCUCAGCUGUCCACAGAGGAGAGGGCGUUUCGUGAAUACCUAAGGUCGUUGUUUGAGGUUUUGGUCAUGUUAGGAAAACAGAGCAUCCCAUUCAUGGCUGAAAAAACGUCUGAGGUUGAACGCAUGUCCAACAACUUCCAGGCCCUUCUGGAUUACCGCAUGAAUGCCGGAGAUGAAGCCUUGAAGAAGCGGUUUGAGGCGACAGCUGUGAACACAGAAUACUGCUCUGCCACCCAGCAGAGCCAGCUCCUGGACAUCUGCGAGAACACGGUGAGGGAGGAGAUCCUGAUGGAGGUGAGGGAGAGUCGCUUCUUCUCCUUAGUGACGGGUGACCUUGUUGAAUUUGCCGGUGAGAAACACCUGCCUCUAUUUUUACGCUUCGUGAAUCAGCAGAACACCCUUCGAGAGGAGUUUGUGGACUUCUUGCUGUUUGAUGGUGACGAGACUGCACUGGUGGAGAGGCUGGAGGCCCAGCUGACCGACCGUUGGGGGCUCAGCAUGGAGGACUGUCGUGGUCAGGCCCACAAGGCCACCGGCACUACCACCACCAAGAUGAAAGCUGUGGCAGUACUCCUGAUGGAGAAGUAUCCCCUGGCAUUGCACAUGUCGUGCUCUCACAUGGCGCUUAACAUCCACCUGGCCAACAAUCUGCCUUUUCCCAACGUCCAGGUGGUCAUGGAGACUCUGAGGAGGAUCGGUGCUUUCUUCAGAACCCCGCUCACUCAGGACGAGCUGGAGACGGCUAUCUUUGCUCACUUCCAGAAGAAUGAAGAGAAGGGAAGUGUUCUGAAACAAGCCUGCGGUCCGGGAUGGACAGAGCAGCACAAUGUCUUUGACGUGCUGCUCGAUAUGUUGCCGCCCCUGCUGCUGUGCAUGGACAACAUACGGGAGAACGCUGAUGGGAAAUUUGCUGAGGCGACCACUGCGGACGCGUAUUCAAUCGCAGAAACUCUCGCUGACUUUGAAGUCAUUGUCACAGUCGUCAUCUUAAAGAACGUUCUCGUAUUCACCAGAGCCUUCGGGAGGAAUCUCCAAGGGGAAACGCUCGAUGUUUUUUUUGCCGCCAACAGUCUAACCGCUGUCCUGCACUCACUCAACGAAGUCAAUGACAACAUCGAUGUCUACCAUGAGUUCUGGUACGAGGAGGCGGUGAAUGUGGCCAACGUUAUGGAGAUUCCCGUGACGAUUCCGAGGCUGUUUCUCCGUAAACAGCGCGCAGCAGAUGUGGGCGAAAUCCAAGCAGAGGCGUACUUUAAGGAGUAUGUGACGGUCCCUGUUAUCCAUGGUGUCAUGCAGGAGGUGGAGGACAUGUUCUCUGAGUCCAACCUCAAAGCUCUCAAGUGCCUGUCACUCGUCCCAGCCGUCAUGGGCCAAAUGAAGUUCAACACCACCGAGGAAAACUACGCCGACGUCUACCGCAACGACCUCCCCAGCCCUGACACGCUCGCGGCGGAGCUUCACUGCUGGAGGAUCAAGUGGAAGCACAGAGGCAAAGAGGUGCGUCUGCCCACCACCAUCCACGAAACCCUCCAGCUGCCGGACGUCAAGUUCUUCCCGAACGUGAACUCCUUCCUCAAGGUGCUCUCCACGCUGCCGGUGCUGAAGUUAGAGGAGAACAAAAGUGAAACGGCGAGCGAGCGACUGCAGGCGUAUCUUGACCGCACGUCCACCAAGCUGUGGAACAAAAGCCUCGCCAUGCUCAACAUUAACACUCACGUGAAACACGACUUGGACGUCAUGGUGGACAAAUACUGCAGACUGUAUCCAGAGGACGAUCCUGAUCCUGAAGCUGAGGAGGAGGUGAUGAAGUGAUCUGACACUGACGCUAAGCAUCGCCGAUCUGGAACAAAAUGAAAGAAGCGGAUACGAUGUCAGACAUUAACACAUCCACCGUUAGUCACUCAUUUAUGCUUUCGAUACCUGGAUACAAGGACUAAUCAUUUUAAUGCUGAUGUAAAGAAAGUAAUGGAUGUCAUUUGUACUCUCUCCUCGAGGUUGAUUUGGUGGAAAAAAAAAAAAGAUAUUGCCAUGGUUUGGUUCUUUGUCAAUACAUAUUGCGAUAUCGAAAAGCACGUUUGGUGGGACAGAUAAAAAUAAUACUUUCAUAAUAAUGAGACAUUUAUUUGGCUCUGCACUAAACCAACAUGUCUUCUUACAACAAGAUCUGUAGACGAGGACAUCUCUGCAGCACCACAGUUCAUUUAACUGUAUCCAAACAUUGCAGUUUCUCGAGAUUUGGGAUAUUUUACUUUCAGUUCGUUUUGCGAUUAAUCAUGCAGCCCUGUUAGACAUAAUAUUUCUAGAAUGAUUGGGGUCUUUGGAAGGGGAGUACAUUUUGUCCAAACGACCAACUUAGGACCAGUUUUUUGUAUAAAUUGAUCAAGAAUGAUUGUGAACGGUGGCUUGCAUGUCACUCACAUGCAACACACUCCCCAUUGAUCCAAAAACUCUUAAAUCGGACUAAAUGGUAAUGUCUCCUGUUGAUUAGUCAUUGGAAAUGAGAACUGUGCAAGUUUUGCUUUUGUAUCGAGCAGUGAGAGUUGCAGCGUGACGCGUUUGAGUCAGAUUGUCUCGCUUGACACGGUGAUGUCGAUGCUGAAGCUAAACAUUGUGCAGCCCUGAUUCAAAAGCAUGACAGCUCAAUCUGGCAUGUUGUUAAUAAGUGAGUGAAGGAAGAAAAACAUUAAGACAGAUACUUAAUACCUCAUGGAGACUCAAUAGAAAUUGCAUCACUGCAGAAUGUCCAGAGAUGUAAACCAAUGUCGAGAGCAUAAUCUGUAAAUACAAAGUUCUGAUUCUUUGUCAGGCUGUUUUCUGAUAAAAUGAAUCUCCCCUGUAAGUAUUUUGUAACAUUUUAUAUUCCUUCGUUUUCAUUUGUGUUCAGUGUAGUAUUCUCUGACGGCCAUAAACGCCUCUUUUACUGUCAUCUUUGAU